AUGUCUCUCAAGAAUGCCACCGUCCAGGCAAGAAUUGUGAAGAAACCGCCCUUCAGUCUCGAAGUCCCCGGCUACGAUCCCGUCGAAGGCGAGACCAUCCCCCGCAGACAUCCUCUGACCGUCAACAAACUCAAGGACCGUCCAGAAGAAGGUGUUACGACAGUCUUCGAUGUCGUCAAGCGCGGUUCCGAGAAGUUUGGCAAUGCGAAAGCCCUCGGCUCCCGGAAGCUCAUCAAAACCCAUAAUGAAGUCAAGAAGAUUAAGAAAGUAAUAGAUGGCCAAGAGCAGGAGGUCGAGAAGAAGUGGACAUACUUUGAGCUUGGCCCAUAUGAAUAUCUGAGCUAUCAAGAGUACGAGAAGCUCACCCUCCAGCUUGGAGCGGGAUACCGGAAGCUGGGCAUGAACAAGGACGACAGAAUCCACAUCUUCGCUGCGACAAGCGCUCACUGGCUGGCAACAAGUCAUGCUGCUGCCUCUCAAUCUAUGCCAAUUGUCACAGCCUACGAUACCCUCGGCGAAGAAGGUCUCAAGCACUCUUUGGUGCAGACUAAGGCCAAAGCAAUCUUCUUGGAUCCCCAUCUUCUACCUACACUUAUGAACCCCUUGAAGGAGGCUUUAGAGAUCAAAUACGUCAUCUGGAACAGCCAAAAUGAGGUCAAGCAGGAAAACAUUGACAUGCUCAAGAAGACUUAUGACCGUCUCACAAUUUUGAGCUUCGAGGAGCUCAGAAAGCUCGGCGAGGAGAAUCCGGUGGAUCCUGUUCCACCUAGUCCAAAGGAUCUUUGCUGUGUUAUGUAUACGUCUGGUUCUACCGGGCCUCCAAAGGGUGUGCCAAUUUUGCAUGAGGCAGUUAUAGCUGCACUUACUGGUGUGAGUGUCAUUGUAGAGCCAUACCUUGGCCCUGGUGACGGUCUUUUAACCUACCUACCUCUUGCCCACAUCCUCGAAUACGUUUUCGAGAACGCCGUUUUAUAUUGGGGGGGAACCAUGGGUUAUGGCAACCCAAAGACGCUAUCCGAUCAAUCCGUAAAAAACUGCAAGGGUGAUAUUAGGGAAUUCCGACCAACAGUGCUUGUUGGUGUACCUGCAGUAUGGGAGUCUAUCAGGAAGGGUAUUGUUGCAAAAGUCAACAGCAGUGGUGCUAUUGUCAAGAAUAUGUUUUGGGCUGCACUUUGGGCAAAGAAUAAUAUGCUGCACUAUGGUCUCCCAGGCGCCGACUUCCUCGACGCGGUAGUCUUUAAGAAAGUCAAAGAAGCGACUGGAGGAAGACUCAGAAUAUGCCUGAAUGGAGGCGGAUCAGUCUCAAGAGAUACCCAGCGCUUCCUCUCCCUGGCCGUCACCCCCAUGAUUAAUGGCUACGGUUUGACAGAAACCACCGCAAUGGGCGCCCUCAUGGAUCCCCAAGAAUGGACCGAUAACGCGCUCGGCGACAUUCCUGGCUCCGUCGAGGUCAAGCUCGUCGAUUUUCCCGAUGCUGGGUACCACGCAACCAAUAAGCCAAACCCCCAAGGCGAGAUCUGGAUCCGGGGCACCCCGGUCCUGAAAGAAUACUACGAGAAUGAGGAAGAGACUAAGGCCUCUCUCACUCCUGAUGGAUGGUUCAAAACGGGCGAUAUUGGCGAGUUCGACCAUAAUGGCCAUCUUAGGAUCAUCGACCGCAAGAAGAACUUGGUCAAGACCCUCAAUGGCGAGUACAUUGCUAUCGAGAAGCUCGAGGCUGUAUACCGUGCCGCAACUGUCGUAGCAAAUAUCUGCGUAUACGCCGAUGAGCAGAAGACAAAACCUGUCGCUAUUAUUGUCCCCGCCGAACCUGCUUUGAGGAAGCUGGCCGAGAGUAUUGGCGUUGAGGGACAAGGCGUUGAGAUUCUUGCGCACAACAAGAAAGUACAAGAUGCGGUAUUAAAAGAGUUGCAGCAAGCGGGACGACAUGGAGGUUUGAGCGGAAUUGAGAUUAUCGAGGGAGUUAUCGUAGCGGAUGAUGAGUGGACGCCUCAGAAUGGAUUGGUCACCUCAGCUCAAAAGCUAAACAGAAAAGCUAUCCUAAGCAAGUACAAGAAGGGGGUCGAUGCUGCUUACGGGCAGAAGUAG